GCUAGAAAUACCGGGUAACGUGACGAAAGGGUAGUCAUGAGUUGUAACGUGAAACUUCAGGCUCUUAUCACAUAUGUAAGAAAAUGAUUGAUGUGUUUUAAGGUAAUACGUGUAAAUGACUCGAUCGAAUGAGGGUAUCUCUCGUACAGUACGUAGUCUCAUUUUUCCACUGUUUCGGCUGCCUAUCGGGGUCGGCAGUGCCGCUCCACUUGUGAUUGUUCAGUUACUUGUACAUGUAGUACAGAGUAGGAGUACCUACCAGUCCUGCCAAGAUUACAGUCAGAUAGGCGGCGAUCCUUAGGCACCUGCAGUGGUAUAGAUUGCGCAUACCGU